ACUCUCUGCUCCCUCUCCCCCUCGCCCGCUCCUCUCUGCUGCGCCCCUCGCUGCUGGCUGCUCCAUUUUCACUAGCUCUGCUUCGCCUUUCUCCCUCUCCUCCCUCGAGCUCCGCCUUGAGCCUUUCUCUUACCUCAUCCCUAAUUAGACUUACCCGGUCUCCCGCGGAUUCAGCUGCGGUCCGGCAAAAUGUUGGUCCCUAAAAAGAACCGUCUGUUGGUAUACAAGUACCUCUUCAAUGAGGGAGUUCUCUUCGCCGAGAAGGACUUCAACCUGCCCAAGCACCCCGAGCUCGAGGUCCCCAACCUGCAAGUGAUCAAGCUGAUGCAGAGUUUCAAGUCCAAGGGCUUCGUGCGCGAGACGUUCGCGUGGCGGCACUACUACUGGUACCUCACCAACGAGGGCAUCGAGCACCUGCGCGAGUACCUCAACCUCCCCUCCGAGAUCGUCCCCGCCACCCUCAAAAAGUCCUCCCGCCCGCCCGGCCGCCCCAUGGGCGUCGCUGGCGACCGCCCUCCCCGCCGUUUCGAGGGCGGUCGGGGCUAUGGUGACCGUGAGGGGUACCGUGGGUACGGUGCUGGUGGCGACGACAAGGCCGGGGCUCCCGGCACCUACAGGCCAGCCUACAGGGAGGGUGGUGGCCGUGGUGGCUUUGGCCGUGGAGCUGGCGGGUACGGUGGUGGGGACUAUGGCAGCGCUCCCGGCGCUCCUGGCGCCCCUCCCGCUGUGUAAAUGAGGUGUGGGCAGGGGGCUCUUGGGCCAAGCUUGAAGUGAAAUCACUGCUCAAGGCUGGUUGUCUACAGUGCACAGCUGAAGAAAUAGAUGCCUUUGUAUGGCCGUACCUACUCCUGCUCAGCUAUUGUGGAAGGGGAGAGUGUCACACGCCCCUGUAUGUGGUAGGAUGAGGAUGGGCUCCAAGUGCUGCCAUUAUGCUUGUGAAAGUUUUGAGGCUAAUGAUCUGCAUUUCAAAUUGUUCCAAGUAGCAAACAAAUGGAGUUUCGGCCUGAAGUGAGGCAUCAUAGGGUUAGUGAAUCAUGACAUUUCGUUUGGAGUAAUUUCUACGUAGAAGGUUUGAACUCUUA